GUUGGCUCAGCGUUUGCUUGUAUUUUUCUCUGAUAUUUUGGAUAAACUCAGUGUUAUUUAAUUGUAUCAUCCAUGUUGAAACAAUAAAAUUCAACAAUGACUCUGACUAAAAUGGAGGUGGACACCGUAAAGGGUGAAGGAUUUCGCCCGUACUACAUAACAAAGAUUGAAGAGUUGCAAUUAAUUGUUGCCGAAAAAUCUCAGAAUUUACGCCGUUUGCAAGCUCAACGAAAUGAACUGAACGCCAAGGUGCGUAUGCUGCGUGAAGAACUACAGCUCUUGCAAGAGCAGGGGUCGUAUGUUGGAGAAGUCGUAAAACCUAUGGACAAGAAGAAAGUUCUGGUAAAAGUACAUCCAGAAGGCAAGUUUGUUGUCGAUCUUGACAAAAACGUCGAUAUUAACGAUGUCACUGCCAACUGCCGUGUUGCUCUACGUAAUGAGAGCUAUACUUUACACAAAAUCCUACCAAACAAAGUCGAUCCCUUGGUAUCGUUGAUGAUGGUUGAAAAGGUCCCAGAUUCUACUUAUGAAAUGGUAGGAGGUUUGGACAAACAAAUCAAAGAAAUUAAAGAAGUUAUUGAACUGCCUGUGAAACAUCCUGAGUUAUUUGAUGCUCUUGGUAUCGCCCAACCUAAAGGAGUACUCUUGUAUGGACCGCCAGGUACUGGAAAGACCUUGUUAGCGAGAGCAGUCGCUCACCACACUGAAUGCACAUUCAUCCGUGUUUCUGGUUCAGAGUUGGUGCAAAAAUUCAUUGGUGAAGGUAGUCGUAUGGUACGAGAACUGUUCGUAAUGGCUAGAGAGCAUGCUCCCUCUAUUAUUUUCAUGGACGAGAUUGACUCCAUUGGUUCAUCUCGUAUUGAAUCUGGCAGUGGAGGUGAUUCCGAAGUACAAAGAACCAUGUUGGAGCUGCUGAAUCAGCUUGACGGUUUUGAAGCCACUAAGAACAUUAAAGUCAUCAUGGCGACCAACAGAAUUGACAUCCUUGACCCUGCUUUACUCAGACCUGGGCGUAUUGACAGGAAGAUUGAAUUCCCCCCACCAAAUGAAGAGGCUAGAUUGGAUAUCUUAAAAAUUCAUUCACGGAAAAUGAAUUUGACCAGAGGUAUCAAUCUGCGUAAGAUAGCAGAGUUGAUGCCUGGUGCGUCUGGCGCAGAGGUAAAGGGAGUGUGCACUGAGGCUGGUAUGUACGCCCUCAGGGAGAGAAGGGUGCAUGUCACUCAAGAAGAUUUUGAAAUGGCAGUCGCCAAGGUCAUGCAGAAGGACUCGGAGAAGAAUAUGUCCAUCAAGAAAUUGUGGAAAUAGAUUUAUUUGCUUGCUUAUUAUAUGUAAUUCUCUAAUUAGACUUAUUUCGCUUUU